AUGGAAGCAUCAGGAAAACUGCUGUCAUCACGACUGCUUUCUCUGCUGAAGAACGGACAAUGGGGACAAGAUGAUGUCGUUAAGUUGUUUAAAGCCCUCGUGAAAGAAUUUAAUGGCAGAAAUGAAGAUUUUCACACAUGGAUGAUGAGAAUCCUUCAUCAAGUGGAGAUUCACAAAAUAAGUGUGUCUGAUUUGACAUCGAAUGAAAAAAAGAUUGUGGAUCACGUUGAGGAAAAAAUUAACAACAUUGUCAAAAACAUUGAUGAGAAAACACUGGAUGAGAUUGUGGAGGAAAUUCGUAAACAAGCAGAUAUUGAUGAAGAAAUGAUGGCACAAGUGAAAGAUAUUGUGUCUUCUGUGUCAGAAUGUCUAUCAGAUUCCACAGCACCACAUCUACAAGGAAUAAAGGAAAGUUUGUUUAAACUCUGCAAAUCUGCAGAAAAGACAAUUGAAAAUAAACCUCGAGUGACUCAGAUGGUGAGCUGGUGCAUUCUGGUUCUUUCUAAAUCAAGUCGGCUGGUUCAGGUUGGAACAGGAGAAGGAAAGUCGUGUAUCGUGGCAAUGUUUGCAGCAUAUCAGGCCAUGAUGGGAAACACCCCUGAUAUCAUCUCCAGUUCUCCUGUACUUGCUGAAAGAGACGCUAAAGAAUGGUUUAGCUUUUAUAAGAGACUGAAUAUCACUGUUGAUGCCAACAUCGACAAAUCAGAAACUGAGCUGAAGAAGUGCUAUGAAUGCCAGGUAGUUUAUGGUACGACUGUCAGUUUUGCAGCUGAUUGGCUGAGACAGCACUUCCUUAGACAAGAUGUGAGACCUAACAGAGAGUUUCAGUGUGUUAUAGUGGAUGAGGUGGACUCGCUAAUGCUGGACAAAGGUCUUGAAGUGGUUUAUUUGAGCACUGAGAUUCCGCUAAUGGAAUCUCUCAAUGCAAUAUUGUCAGAAAUCUGGUUAAUCGUCAACCAGCUGAAGCGUUUAGACACUGGAGAGAUUUUAGGCCCCAUUCAGCUCCUCUCUCAGCUUCUGUCUGAAAUCAUUACUGAAAAUAAAAACAUUGAUCAACACAGUAUUGUGCAGAUGGCUGUUGACACUGGAAUUAAGCCUAUAAAAUCAUCAAAGCAAAUGCAAGAAAACAUGAAAAAUGUUUUAAAACAACUAGAUAAUGCAAGUGUUGACCAAAAAGUAUCAUUUCUAAACAUGCUUGUGAGAAAUUUACCCGAGUAUUUCUUCAAAUUAUACCAGGAAAGGCCUGAUGGGACUUUAAGGAGACUGAAUGAAAUCAGUCCUGCAGAUACAAAUAAGAGACAAGAAAUAUCUGUUCUUCUACUGGGAAAUGGAAAAUGUCGUGUUGUGCACUUUGAGGAGGACUCAAUGGAUCCAUCAUUAAGGAAAAAGAUUCAAAAGUCAUAUCAGCCUGAAUCAGCAAAAGAACAAAAUGAAUCUCGUAUCCCAGGCCUAGAAGAUCUCAUCAGUGGCAAGAUGCAAACUUGGUUUGGAAGUGCUUUGCUAGCCACAAAAUUGACUCUAGGCCACGAGUAUGUCCUUCAUGGAGAUGGAGUCGCUCCUGUUGAUUACGAAUGCACUGGUGUCGUGCAGAACAACAUGCAAUGGGGGGAAGGACUUCAGCAGUUUCUGGAGAUGAAACACCAAACUAAACUGUCUAACAUGACUCUAAUCACAAACUUCAUGUCUAAUGUGGGUUUAUUCAAGAAAUACAAAAACAAGAUCUAUGGGAUCACGGGAACUUUGGGGGACCAAACAGAGCUUGACAUGGUGAAGAAACUCUACAAUGGAAUUGACACCUGUAAGAUUCCCUCAUUUAGACAAAGGAAACUUUAUGAGUUGGAGGGUUUGGUGAUACCAGAAGAAGAUGAGUGGAUCAGGACCGUCUGUAAUGUUGUUAAACAUCAAGUGACCUCCACAGUUUAUCGAGGUCCACGAGCAGCUCUCGUCAUCUGUGAAACCAUCAAUCGUGCAGAAAUGUUCCACAAGACCCUUUCAGAAACAAUCUCAUUAGACAAACUAAAACUUUAUGUGAAUAACAACAUGAAUAACUCUACAAUAACAGAUUCAACCAUUAAAGCAGGGGACGUCAUCAUUGCAACUAAUCUAGCGGGUCGAGGUACAGACCUAAAGGUCAGUGAAAGUGUAAAUGAGGCAGGAGGUCUGUUUGUGGUGCAAACCUUCUUACCUCUGAACGUACGUGUCGAACAGCAAGCAUUUGGACGAACGGCUCGUCAAGGAAGUCCAGGAUCUGCUCAAAUCAUCAUGUGUGCCAGUCAUUUCUCUGACACUGUUAAACUAAUGAUGGGCGAAAAUACAUCACUAACCAGUUUACACAGCUGUCCGGAUAACUUAAGAAAACAGAUGACAAAAGAGAGUGUGUUUGAGGAAGCAGUUAAUCACUACCUGACAAUUAGCAGCUCUCAAAAUCAUGAUGCAAUGGUCUCUGCUCUGACAGGCCUCUUAACCACAAAUUCAAGUAAUCUGGAAAAGGCAAAAGACGCCAGGAACACUGGGGUGAAAAAGAGACUCUCUGGGUUCCUUAAAAAAGACAUUCCAGAAAUCACGAAAAAGGAAGAGCUUUUUUCUGUCUACCUUGUUUUUUUGGACAAGAUCUAUGAAGAUGAUGUUUUUUCAGACCAGCGUGACGUAAUUGUGUCCUCUCUUCAUGAGUGCUGGGGUCUGUGGCUUCUGAUGUAUUUCAAUGAGGAAAAGUCCACUGAGAAAAGUUCCUUGAAGGAACAGCUGAUGUUGGACUUGUUGAGUGCAAAGCAGAAACUUUUGUGCAAACAGUCCCCAUCUACCAUGGUCUACUAUUACAUUAGGUCUGGGAACAAUCUCCGUGAGAAGGGACACCUUACUGAAAGUAUUGAGAUGUUCACCAAAGCUUUGGAGGAUGGUGCAUAUGGGGAGAUUAUUCCUCUCUAUAAUCGUGCACUGACCACUAUUAUGAAGAAAGACAUUGACUAUAUUGCUCAAGCAUUGGCUGAUUUGGAAAAGGCCAACAAAGCAAUAGAUUCAUACAAGUCACAUCUGGCACAUAUUCUUACUUGUGUGAAAUCAUCAAGACGAGACCAGACAACAGAAGGUGAUACUUUGCUCAGUAAACAGUUUCAAAUGAAGUGUAUGAUUGUAGAUCAACUCAAGGAUAACAUUCAAGACGCUGUAAUGAAGUUGAAGAGGGCUGAAAGCAGAGGAGGAAAUGUGAGUCUAUUGGAUAAACAUACAAUUUUUAUGGCCGAAGACUCUUUGAAGAGGGCUAUAAGUAGAAGAGCUAUUAGCCUGCCUGAAACAAUUGCCCUUGUUGUGAUAGAAGACUUUAUAAAGAGGGGUGAAAUCAAACAAGGAGAUGUGAACUUGGCUGAAAAAUUUGCACUGCUUUAUGCAGAAGACAAUACAAAAAGAGCCGAGCGCAGAGGAGGAGAUGUGAACCUGGCUGAAAGACUUAUAUUGUUGCUGUUAGAAGAACCUAUUCACAGUUCUCAAAAAAUUCUGGAAGAGCUCAUAAUGGAAUAUGAACAUAUCAGGUCACUGGGUCUUGACACCAUUUUCUUGUUGGACACCAUAUUUUCUCUAAGGGGCUUUUUGUCAAAGAUAUUUAGAUAAGACAUAAUGUUUAGAUGAUAAGACUGUCUUAAAAUGUAACACUUCUCUUGAGCUUUCAGUUCUUGUCAGUCAAACUGACAUACACUUAUAUGUGUAUUCACGCAUGC